GAUGGUGGGGACUCUCAUGGGCAAAAUCCCCCAGAAGUUGGGCUGGGGUCCUUGCUUUGGGAUAGUCUGUGUGGGAGGUUCUUCGGCAGUUCUUGCAUUUCUCGUGGCUGUGAUGCAGAUGCAACGCGUACAUUGGAAAAUGGAGAUUCCAGCCCUACCAACAUCAAAAUGCAUCCUUUAUUGGAAAAGGAAGGUCAAAUCAGAAUAUAUGCGUCUCAGGCAGCUCAAGAGGUUUCAGGCAAACAUGGGAGCCAAGGCUUUAUUUGCAUCUAACUACAUGAAGGUUCAAGAAAAGAUAAACAUCCUGAAUGAAGACUGGAAGAAGCUUCGAGUUCAACCUAUUCAGUCGAUGAGGCUGGUCGGGGGGCACCCUUUUCUCAAACAGUGCACAGUUGAGAGCAUUUUCCCCAGUUUCACCACACAGACCUUGUUCAUGCGGACCCUGAACACCGUGGCCCUGGUGCCUAUCAUGUACUCCUGGUCUCCACUCCAGCAGAACUUCAUGGUAGAGGAUGAAACUGUUCUAUGCAACAUCCCCUAUAUGGGGGAUGAGGUGAAAGAGGAAGAUGAAACCUUCAUUGAGGAACUCAUUAACAACUAUGAUGGCAAAGUUCAUGGAGAGGAAGAGAUGCUCUCAGGUUCAGUCCUGAUCAGUGAUGCUGUGUUCCUGGAGCUGGUAGAGGCACUGAAUCAGUACUCCGAGGAAGAAGAGGAAGGGCAUGAUGCGGCUGAAGGCAAACAGGAAGCUGGGAAAGGGGAGCUGCCUGUCACCCGGAAAAGAAAGCGGCUCUCUAUGGAAGGCAACAAGAAAUGUUCCAAGAAGCUCUUUCCGAAUGACAUGAUCUUUACUGCUAUUUCAUCAAUGUUCCCUGAGAAUGGCUUUCCAGAGGAUAUGAAGGAGAGAUACAGAGAGCUGACAGAAGAAUCUGACCCCAAUGUGCUCCCUCCUCAGUGCACGCCAAACAUUGAUGGGCCAUGUGCCAAAUCCGUUCAGCGUGAGCAGGCCCUGCACUCCUUUCACACGCUUUUUUGCAGACGCUGCUUCAAGUAUGACUGCUUCCUCCAUCCUUUCCAUGCCACCCCCAAUGUUUACAAGCGGAAGAACAGAGAGACCAAAAUUGAAAUGGAGCCUUGUGGGCCAGACUGCUUCUUGUGGUUGGAGGGAGCCAAAGAAUUUGCUGUGCUGCACAACCCACGAUCCAAGUGUUCCGGUCGGCGCCGGCGCAAGCACCCCACACUCAGCACCACCACCACCACCUCCUCUUCCAGUGCUUCUGCCUCGGCAAGCAAUGAAGCAAAAGAAGGCGACAGUGACAGAGACACGGGCAACGACUGGGCCUCCAGCUCCUCUGAGGCCAACUCACGGUGCCAGACUCCCACCAAGCAGAAGCUUAGCCCCGCCUCCUCACAGCCCUUCAUAUCUGACAUGCCGCUGGAGCCUGUGGAGUGGACAGGAGCUGAGGAGUCCCUCUUCCGCGUCUUCCAUGGAACUUACUUCAACAACUUCUGUUCAAUUGCUCGACUGCUGGGAACCAAGACAUGCAAGCAGGUUUUUCAGUUUGCGGUGAAGGAGUCCUUGAUUACAAAACUGCCGUUUAAUGAGCUCCUGAAUCCUUCCCAGAAGAAGAAGAGAAAGCACAGGCUCUGGGCUGCUCACUGCAGGAAGAUCCAGCUUAAAAAAGACAAUUCCUCUACUCAAGUGUACAACUACCAGCCCUGUGACCACCCGGACCAUCCUUGUGACAGCUCCUGCCCUUGCAUCAUGACCCAGAAUUUCUGCGAGAAGUUCUGCCAGUGCAAUCCUGACUGCCAGAACCGUUUCCCUGGCUGCCGGUGCAAGACCCAGUGCAACACCAAGCAGUGCCCAUGCUACCUGGCGGUGCGCGAGUGUGACCCAGACCUCUGCCUGACUUGUGGUGCCUUGGAGCACUGGGACGCCAAAGUGGUCUCCUGCAAGAACUGCAGUAUCCAGCGAGGGCUCAAGAAGCACCUGCUGCUAGCCCCAUCAGACGUUGCCGGGUGGGGGACUUUCAUCAAGGAGGCCGUGCAGAAGAAUGAAUUUAUUUCUGAAUACUGCGGGGAGCUCAUCUCUCAAGAUGAGGCUGACCGACGUGGGAAAGUCUACGACAAGUACAUGUCCAGCUUCCUCUUCAACCUCAAUAAUGAUUUCGUUGUUGACGCCACUCGCAAGGGCAACAAAAUCCGCUUUGCAAACCAUUCUGUCAAUCCUAACUGUUAUGCUAAAGUGGUGAUGGUGAAUGGUGAUCACCGCAUUGGGAUCUUUGCCAAGAGAGCAAUCCAAGCAGGCGAGGAGCUCUUCUUUGAUUACAGGUACAGCCAGGCAGAUGCCCUCAAGUACGUUGGCAUAGAAAGAGAGGCAGAUAUCCUCUAACCUCAGUCCUUGGCACGCUGCUCCCAGCCAGCAUCACCGCAUCCUAUCCAUGCUGCUUUCCUCAUUGCUGUGUGUGUUGUGAGAGCUUCAUUCCGCUUGGAUUCCUCUUUGGAGAAGGAAAGGGAGAGGCCCAUCUCUCUCGGCAGUAGUGAAACUCUAGUGGCUGGUGCUGCUGUGGAGGACUCGGCUAAAUUGUUGUUGGAGGGCAAUUCAGAGGCCUUGAAAAGGCGGGAAUGGAUCUGCUGCCUAACUCUGGACUUUGGAGUCUCUGUUGGUUCUUUGUAGAGACUUGGUUUGAGAUGGAGGAGGUUUGCUUUUCCUCUGGCUGACCCCACCUUCUUUCUAGGCAGGAGUAGGGAGAGUCCCCACACAAACUCCAUCUUCAGAAAAGGGCAGACCCAGGAGUGCUACGCAGAGGUCUUUGGGUGGGGUUGGGGGGCAAGGAAUCUGUAGGCUGAGAAGCCAUGCCUGGAGGAAGGAGCAGGAGAAUGCACUCGCAGAGAGCACAGAAACACUGGCAGGAGAAAGGCAAAGAGUAUUUGCGGUGGGUGGAGAGUGAGAUGGUGGUGGAGGGGCAGGACAUUGAGAAGCAGUAGGCUGCAGAACUACCGGUGAGUAGGAAUGGAGCCCUUCUGCUCCCAAGUCUUGUGCAUAGUCAGUGGCCAGUUCUGGGGGCCUUGGGGCAAAGCUCUUAGGCAAGUUUCCAAGGGUGCCCUGCAUCCCAUGGAAUGUGUCCGGGCAGGUAUGCGUGCGCUCCUUCUGCCCAGCAGUGCCUUCUGGUUUGUGCCUCUGAUGCCCAGUGAGCAGCAGCUCUGAAGGAGGAGCAUCCACUGCUGCUUACUGCCACCAUUGCCUGGAAAGCCAGAGUUCACCAUUGCCUGGAAAGCCAGAGUUCAGCAGUGGCACCAUCUUAAUUUUUCUAUGUCCCAUAUCCCCGAAGGCAGGGCACAGAAAAUUUAAAAUGGCACCACCGUUGAGAGGAAUGCCCACUGCUGCCACUUUGCUGCUGACUUCCACCCAGUGAUGAAGCUUACUGGGCACUGGUGGAGAGUAGCAGAUGUUCCAGGACCUUCCAGAGUGGAGUGGGUGGGCCCUUCAGUGGGCAUGAGCCCUCUGGCCUGUGCCCAACCUGGCUGGUCCUGCUCCCAUGACCUUUACUACCUUUUGAUGGUUGCAGUAACCAAUGAUGGACCUCCUCUUCCCUUUCCCUGUGUAGCUCAGAUCUCUCCUCCACCCCUCAACAUAUUGCAGGGGUUGAGACAACAGAUGUACAGGAGGUUCUUGGAGCUUAAAGGGAACAGGAGUGAUUUCCAGUCCGACAAGUCUGAAGCGCAUUUCCUUUUAAGUAGAGAGAAUGGUACUGCUGCUGUGCCAUCUUCAUUUGAGAGAGAUUCCUUUUCCCAACAAGAUUUGUUCUGCUUUGCUGGGGAAGGUGGAUCUUGCUUCUUGGUAAUCGACCUGUAGAAUUUAUUUCCCUCUUCAGAGUUGGGCGGGAGCGGGGCGGCUUGCUGGUAAUUCUCCUCUUGCCUCUGAGGCAGGGAGGUUGUUUAUCCAUCCUCCCUCUGUCUCAUCUGACCCUCCUCCAGGUCCUUGCACUCACCACUGCCAGCAACUUUUUAGCACCCAGGCCAUGGAGGAGCUCAAACCUUUGCUGAGCAGGCGAUUCCCUUUUAAGCAUUUAUUUUUUAAAAAAAAUAAUCAAAAGCACUUUUGAAGCUGGGAGUGGUUUCCUGGUGGAGCACAUGGAGGGGAAGGUGGGGUGUGUGUCUCAGAUGGAUGGCGAUCUUAAGGACUGGGACUAAGAGCUGCUAAACCUCUCUUUCCCCCACCCACCCACCCCAAACAUCCAGGAUUUUCUUCCUAGCUAUCCAUGCACAAAACAAUUUGCAUGCACUUUAGAAUAAUUCCCUCUCCUAUUGUCAGGGAGCUGGGCUCCCUGUGGGGCCAAGGGAGUGGAAAUCUGGCGCCACUUCUAGUCCAUGGUUUGGAUGAUUGUUUCGAGUUGGAAACUAGCUUCUGCAUCAGCUCAGACAGCAGUGGUUUAGCCACAAAUCAGUAGUUAAAAAGUAGUUUAUUGCACUGUUGAGGAUGUUUGCAGGGGCUGGGAAUAGAGCAGAUCUUUGUGGCAAAGUAGGUGAGCCUUUUCUAGGGCACCAGCUGCUGUGUCCGUCUUGGAGAAUGAGAGGAAGCAGCGGGGGAAAGCCUAGUCAUGUUGUUCUAUGGGAAUGGAAUUGGGUUUGAAGUCAGUAGUAUGCAAAGCAUUUGUGCUACAGAGAAUUCUUAGGGCAUCGUGGAGUGGUAUCUUACUGUUUGCUAUAUAAGCAGCAAAGUUUGGCCAUAGUUAGUUGCUUCAUUUCAAGAUAGCUACCUAAUUGUAAAAUCCUUUGCAUUUUUCCUAAGUGUUGGGACUAGACUGUUCAUUAAUUAACCCCUUGCACUUUGGGGAGCUCUUUCUACUGAUCCUAGAUGGCAGACGUGGCUCUGAUUACUCGGUAGUAAAGGACUCUGCACAUAUUCAGAAACACUGUUGCACUGAUUGAUAUUGAUGAGGAAUGGGUAGCAUGUGGGUGCCAGUUUCCUAGUCCACUGCCUUGUUGUCCAUGAGGAUUUUGUAUUGGCAGCCCUCCUCUCUCUGUCACUAUACAAGUCACUAAUAAUGUCUUGUACAAAAUUAGACACUAACACAAGCCACUUGAGAAAAGCAGCCACCAUAUCAGUUAGUUGCUACCAGAAGGCUACGAGACAGGCUGGCUUAUUGUGGCUUGAGUGUUCCUAACUAGUAGCCCACUUCCUCGAGGUAUAUGGAGGCAGCUGAGUUCUUAGGAGUAUGCCUGGGCUCGAAAUGGUUCAUCACGUGGGAAUGGAACACACACUCUCUGCAGCGCUGAGCAGAGGAAUGCAGCCCAAAAUCAUCCCCCAGACAUUUCUAGAGGGGGAGAGCGAUCCUCACCAUCUGUGUAAGCCCCAAGGAAUACUCUCUGAUCCGUCUGCCCCUGUUGCACAGCAUUCCUUCUGGUUUUAGAAUCUCAGUGCAAAAGGUGGGUGGGAUUGGAGUGGAGAAGAGCAAGGUUUAAUUUCUCAGCUAUGGGGGAGUCACUCCUGGGGCCAGAGACGUAAUACCACAGAUAAGAGCUUGGAGGAGCAGUCACAGACAGCCCUUUCAGAUACAUUAACUACCAUCUGACCCAGGGAUGCGGCGGGGAGAGGAAGUUUCGAGGUCAGUAGGUGUCCGUUCAAGCAAAAAAAGAGACAAAGUCUCACGGUGCUGUGAAGCAUAUAUUGAAGGCGACUUGCUCAAGGUCUCUUUGAAAUACUACAGAUUGUUGCCCCUAAAAGUCUGAGGCUGAAACACCUUAGGCUUCAAUAUAUGCUUCACAGCACCGUGAGACUUUGUCUCCUUUUUUGCUUGUCUGGUUGGGUGCUUCCUGUUUUUUUCCAUCUGUCCUUUCAAGCAGGCCUGAGCACUGGCUGAAGGUUGCACAAGCUGACCAGGGACCCGACUGAGUCAAUGAGUCCAAGUGUCAAACAUUUUUUUGGAUCAGGCCACAGUCUUUCAGAAAGGAGCUGGAACGGUCACUAGCUUGAGGCAGUAACAGUCUGUUUUCUCUCUGGAUAGGCUAUAUGAGUGGGUGUCUUGUCUGUUCUCAUUUUUAAAAGGAAGCUUGACCCCAUAGAUGCAGUGUUCUUGCAGCUCUGGCAAGUUUAGACAUCCAUUAUACACUUAUAGUCUUCUGUAAUAAAAGCCUGUGUUGCUUGAUAUUUUUGAGGCUCAGCAAAGAGAAGGGUGUUGCAGUUCAGACUCUGCAAGCCCCUGCGCCAGCGCUUUUAGGGAGUGGCAAAUGUAGAGCGUGAAGCAGCAAGAGCUUGUACUUGGUUUUCCAAAGCUUGCUGGAACUGCUUUUCUAUUAGCAUCUACAGAAGGGGGGCUGAAGCCCCUUGCUUGUCUGGCCUCACCUUCAUUUGGUCCACGCGCUCUGUUUCUUCGUGACUCUGCUUUUGCUGCUCACAACUUAUAUGCACUUUAUAGUGUGGCUUGUACCAGUUGUUUUGUUUUUUUGUUUUUGGUCUUAAUAAAGUUGUAGUGACUGUUGAA